AUGAUUGAAUAUGCCCAGAAGCUGACACUCAGAUCACGUCUACCUCCUCGACAGCUGCCGAUUCUAGCUGUCUACGCGUCAAGCAUCGUAUAUGCCGCUGAGAAGGGAUGGAUACCUACAGCUGCGGUCGGGAAGGCUGGGGCGUCCAUCGUGGGGGUUCUCAGUAUGGUGACCGGUCUUCUCUUGUCUCAUCGCUUCUCCUCGGCCGUAGCCAAGUGGGAAGAGGGCAAGAAGAUCUGGAUAGCGGUUCGAACCAACAUAAGGGAUGCUGUCCGCUUGUGCAAGCCCUCACGGAAGUCUGGAGAUGGCCGGGAUGUCGUCUCUGAGCGGGUAGACGAGCUAGCGGGUCUUUUUGUCGGCUUUGCAUUCGCCUUACAACAUCAUCUACACAAUACCCGUCCUCUACCUCAACCGCCCCUCCCCGAUCUUCUUCCUCUCGGCUACCUCGCUUCUCUCAAGCGCACCGAAGCUCGGGUACGAUUCGCAGAAGAACACCUCUCACCCGUCGCUAGUCCUGAACGCACCUCUGACAUCCCUCUCCCCUCUUCACCCCCUGAUAGCCUCCGCCCCGGUCUCCGCCGCCGCUCUACCGGUCCACCUACGUCCGAAGAGCGCUCCUCAGCCUCAGGGGAUGAGUGGGAGUUAUCGAAUCUCCGGGAUAAGGCAGAAGAGGCGGUUUCGCAAUUAGCAGAUGCGGUAGCGGGUCUGGGCGGCACCGAGGAUGAUGAGCUCAGAAGACAGCUCGAUGAGUUGAAUCAGUUCACGACUGGGGAAGGGGAGGAAGAUAGCGGGAAGAGUGGGAGGAUAGGAGCCGUGGAAGGGCAGAGUGGCAAUGGAGGUGCAUCAGGUGGAGGGAAGACGAAGAGUAAUCUGGCGAAUCCGACACCGCCAAAUCUCCCGCUGGCGAUUCUGAAGAUGCUGGAGGCGUACGUCGUGGGACUGGCGGAUGUACCCAGUCUCCGAGGAGGAUGGAGCGAGCCGAAGCGAGAUAGAGCGCUGGCGGUUGUCAAGUCGCUUUCGGAGCAUCUGGGCGAAGCGGAGCGUUUGGCCUCUACCGCCGCCCCCCUCCCAUUGACCCUGCACUCCUACCACCUCCUCACCAUCUACCUCGCCGCCAUCCCCCCUUCCCUCCUCUGCGCAAUAUCCGGCCCAGCUCUGGUUAUUGUCACCCUCAUAGCCGGCUGGUGUCUCCUCGGCCUCGAAGCGCUUGUAGGGGAAGUAGGCGGCGUGUUUGGGGGUCACGAGCCCCAUCACCCCUUACCCACGUUCACGACGAAGAUCCUCGUGGAGAGUCUCGAUAUGUGCCCGGGGCUGGCAGGGGCGUACAGAGCCAGAGUGGCGGGUAGGAUGGGAGAGGAAGACGCGGAGGUAUUGGCGCUGGACAGGAGACGGAAGGGGAGGGAGGAGUGGGUGCCGAGUUUUGCUUGA